AUGCCGUGUCCAGGAGCGGCCCUGGACAGCGCUGCAGCGGCGUGGCUCCGGCAGGACCGGAGCUCCUCCCGCUCAGAGCCACGUGCUCACUCACUGCUGUGCUUCACCUGUAAGGAUGCAUCCUCCAACUGGGGUUGUCUGGCACCAACUAUAUGUCGAAGUGGUGAAAACAACUGUGUGACAGAAUAUAGUAUUUUAGAAACUGGUGGACAUUCCGGACAGAGCAUCUCCAAGCGGUGUUCUGUAGAUUGCCCCGGCAGUGUUUCCUGCUGCCGUUUUUCCUUCUGCAACUUCAGCAGUGCCAGCACCGUGAAAGUCAGCUACUCGGCGCUGGCCAUGGUGAUCUUGGCCAGCUUCGUCUAUAUCAGGGCCGGACUGUGA